AUGCCGAAUGGAAUAGUCUCCGUUCCCUCCGUCGGCACGGUGGUGACACCAUUGUUUGUCCUAGUCUGCACCGUCUUUGGUCCUGGUCUUCUCAAUGUCACACCAACCCCCUAUUUGGCCAUUGCCCUCUCGCUUGGCUACCUCGAUAGACUUGGCCCCUGGUCCUGGGCUGCCCUCUUCCCCAACCUCUACCUCUUUGCCUGUCUCACCGUCGGAACCGGAUUGGCCUACGCAGGCAUGCUCCAAUCCGAUGUCUGGGAUAACUCCAUGUUGGCCACUCCUUUUCUGGUCGGUGUCGGUGUUGCUUUGGUCAAUCUGAUCCCGCUUUGGAUUCAUCUAUCCUGGCAGCGUCGGUUCUUACCUCAGGAGAGGUUCCAGAAUGGAGCAUGGGCUUUGCUCGCUACCCUUGUUGGCCCCUCGGUCUGGGUUGCUCUUUUCACGAUUAUCUAUGCUGUCAGCCCCAUUGGGUCUUAUGGAUCGAUUGCUUAUACCCAGUUCCAGCUGGAACCUAUGGUCCAGUGGGCCUCUGUUGCAGGAAUUGCUGGAAUCGAGUUCUUCAUGGUUUGGGCUUCGGUGAUUCUCUACAGAGCCUGGAUUAGACAUGUCCGCCUCGAGUCGACAGAGGUCAAUACUAUGAACUGGAGCGAGAUCGGCGCCGAGACCCGCUUCCGUCCUCGCAUCUUCCGUCGCCUGCUCCUUGCCCCCACCCCCACCUUUCUCCUCGUUACACUGUUCAUCUUCCUCUUUGGCUCGAUGCGCUUCUGGAACGCCAACGGAACCUUCUACAUGAAGCCCCUGCAUGACACCAUCAUUCCUACUGUCCAGGCUAGUUGUGUCAUUGGCGCAUCCUCUCCCGACCCCACCGAUCUGCCUAGAUACUUGAACCAGACUGUGGACUUUGCCAAGAAGGGAUCCAAGAUCAUCAUCUGGAGCGAGACCGCGGUCAGUGUCAACAACAGCCAGCAGUUGGACAGCCUCUGGGCCACCGCCAAGAACAUCUCGACCACCUAUGGAAUCUACCUCGGCAUCACGUAUUCACAGCUCUUGGAUGAGCAGUUGCUCAAGAACAAGAACAUGUUUACGCUCUUUGACCCCAAGGGACAGGUCGCCUUUGAGUACCAGAAGGCCCACCCUGUGAUCAUGGUCGAGACGGACACCAUUGCUGGACCCAACCAUCUCCCUGUUGCCGACAGUGAGUAUGGUCGUCUUGGUGGCGCCAUCUGCUUCGAUAUGGACUUCCAGAACUUUAUUGCCCAGGCAGGCGAUCAAAAAGUUGACAUCCUCCUUCAGCCCUCUUGGACCUGGGGAUCGAUUGGUCGUCUGGAGGCGACGAUUCAGUCAUUCAGAGCAGUCGAGCAAGGAUUAACCAUCUUCCGUUGCGGCUCCUGGGCACCCUCAACAGUGUGGGACCCUUAUCACCAGCUGUUCGGAUACAAGUACAACUUGGGAUCUGGCGACUUCACAGCUGAGGUGCCACUCCGCAAGCAUGUCCCUACAGUCUACAAUGCAGUGGGUAACCUGUGGGCAUAUAUCUGCUGUGCUGCGUCGAUUGUGUUUUUGAUCCUUGUGCUCGUGCCCAAGCGUCAUGUCGAUCGUUGGUUUGAGGCGGCUGAAGGGCGGAUCUUGAGGCGUAGUGGGUUGAGGGAGGGGUCGUCGGGUUCCUCGUUGCCCGUUACCUCUGGCGAAGCUGUGCGUGGCGUCGACAAUGCCUAA